AUGGGCGACGGGAAGGCGAAAAAGGAGAAGAAGGCCAAGAGGCACAAGAAGGAUCGAAAAAGCGGCAAAAAAGAGAAGAAGGCACAUAAGCACAAGCGGCGCGAAGAACUGUCGACGGCAGGAACACCAUCUUCUCGUGACGAUGCCAGCUCCCCUGAUGCCCAACCUGCAUCUGGCCAGAUUCAGGAAGCUCCCACUGAGCCAGCCAGUGCUGCAGUGGGCAUGCAGCGCGAGGACUGGAUGCUGCGACCCCGGCCAAGGAGCAGGCCACCCCAACGGGAGGGUGGUGGCACCAGCGAGGCGGAAAGGGCAGUCCCACAGAGCGCACAAGUCUCAGAGACGGUCAAGGGUGGGCUGGUCAAGGGCAGGGCACCAACCACCUCAGGGGCCCUUGUGGGGGACGGCGGAGCAAGCUGGAAGAUGAAACGCCUGAAACGGCUGCAGCAGCAAGCCAAGCAAGAAGGCAAGACACUUGAGGAGCUGGGGCUUAGCAGGGGUAUUGAUGUGGCAAAGCUGCUGCAUGACGCCAUGGCAACCCCGGCUGCGCACGCGUUGGCGCACCAGCAGGCCGCCAGGGAGCGGACAAGGGCCUUGGGGGGUGCCAGGGAUGGUGGGGCCAGGGGCCACGGGUACAUGGCAGACGUGAAGAGCGAUGCAUCCAAGAUGCGCAAGCCGCAGGAAGGGAGGAGUCUGUCAUGGAGGAAGCCCGAUGGGGCGGCAAGGGGAGGAGGAAGGGACAGGGGAGGACCCAUCCUGGAUCCUGCUCUGGCAAGGUUGGCGCCAAGCUUGAACAAGUUUGAGGAUGAUGGGAAGUUUAUGGAGCGAUACAAGGAUGAGGACCAAAGCCAAGGUGAAGAAGAUCACCAACAUAAUCCUCAGGUCGCAGAGCAAAGUUACAGAGAGCAGAGUCCAAAGCCUCCCCAGAGGACUGAGGCGGAGAGCACACCUGAGCGACCAAGCGAACGAUUGGGCAGCAGUGGUGGGGGCGGUGGUAGCUUGCGUGCAGGCACUGAAGCCACAAAUCGCUCUGCAGCAGACCUGCUGAGGGCCCGACUUAUGGGGAAGCGCGCCUCUGCUCAGCAGGAAGGUGCUGCCGAGGGCACGGCCAGGAGCGAUGAGCCCGCCGUCGUGCAGCUGCCCAUGGUGGACGCGCACGGCCGCGCCGCGCCUGGCGCCUUUGGCCGCGAGGCCGCCCUGCGCUCCUCCGGGAAGCCAUCGACCAAGUUCGGCGGCGACGGCAAGCGGGAGAGGUACUUCGAUGAUGAUGAUGCUGACCUGCGCACCCUGGUGAAGCGCGCGCGCCACGGCGACGACGGUGGCGACGUGGACGCCGCGAUGGCUCGCAGGAUCGCCGGGCGGAAGCAAUUCAAGGCGGCGGACAUGAAUGCGGACGAUGAGUACGAUUUCGAUGUCGGGAUAGACGCGCUGGAGGCCAGGGGCGGGGGAAGGAGGAGGCGGGAGGGGGGCGGGGAGGUGGACAGGCAGAAGCGGCGGCAGAUCACGGACCUGAAGAGGCUGAACGCCGUGGAGGAGGGGUGCGUGUAUUGUUUGUCGUGCCCCAGGCGGCCCAAGCACUUGAUGGUGGCAAUGGGGAACUGCGCGUACCUGAGGCUGCCUGAGAGGGGGCGGCUGGUGCCGGGGCACUGCAUGAUCGUGCCGAUGGAGCACACGCCGUCCUGCCGCCGCUGCGAGGACGACGCCUGGACGGAGUUGCGCAACUUCAAGAAGGCGCUGCUGCAGAUGUUCCAUGCAAAGGACCAGGAGGUGCUGUUCAUGGAGACUGCCCUUCGCCUUGACGACUACAAACGUCAUGCUGUGGUGGAGUGCGUGCCGGUGCCACCAGGAACGCUGGCCAAGGCGCCGAUGCAUUUCAAGGCGGCAAUCGACACAGCCACAUCUGAUUGGAGUCAGCACCAUGCCAAGAGAAUAAUCGAAACUGGGAGGAAGGGACUGCAUGGCAGCAUCCCGCCCAAUUUCCCAUACUUCUUUGUGGAGUUCGGCCUCUCCAACGGCUACGUCCAUGUCGUGGACGAUGUGUCAACGUUCGACGCUGGCUUUGGGCGCAAGGUGGUGGCGGGCCUACUGCGGCUGCCCCCAGAGGACGUGCAUGGCAGGAACAAGGGGCAGGCUCGGCGAACCCACGACGCUUGGAUCGCUGAUUUCCAGAAGCACUGGGGCCCCUUCGAUUGGACCAAAAUGCUGAUGUGA